GAGCGUCGCCGCGCACGCCGGCCAGUCAGUCAGCAGCAGAGCUGAGGAGGGCACAGCGGCGCGGCCGAGGCCGGAGGGAGCGGAGUCUGGUGGAGCCGGGAGAGCGGACCAGCGCCGGGCAGCCCGAGCCGCUCGCCGCCAGCGCCCGCCGCCGCCCACACGCUCCGCGGCCCCCGCGGCGCCUGCCACCUUCCCUCCCUUCCCCGCGCCCCUGUCCCGCCGGCCGGCCAGCUCGCCUCAUUCGCUGCCCCCGCGGAGCCCCGAGGUCACCGGCCCGGCCUCAGCUCCCUGGGGCCGCGCAGCGCCUCCACGCCCUCCUCUUCCUUCUCUCCCGGCCGGGCGCCUGGCACCGGGGACCGUUGCCUGACGCUCGAGGCCCAGCUCCACUUUUCGCCGCGCGUCUCCUCCUCCUGCUGCUCUCCUCCAACUCCUACUCCAACUCCCUCGCCCUUUCCACUCGCGAGCCCUCGACUGCGCGCCCCUCGGCCCGCGCCGGCCACUUUCCGUCCGUCCCAAAGGUGGGAGCGCGUCCGCCCCGGCCCGCAGCAUGGCACGGUUCGGCUUGCCCGCGCUUCUCUGCACCCUGGCUGCGCUCAGCGCCGCGCUGCUGGCCGCCGAGCUCAAGUCGAAAAGUUGCUCGGAAGUGCGACGUCUCUACGUGUCCAAAGGCUUCGACAAGGACGAUGCCCCCACGCAAGAGAUCAACGGUGAUCAUUUGAAGAUCUGUGCCCAGGGUUAUACCUGCUGCUCUCAAGAGAUGGAGGACAGGUACAGCCUGCAAAGUAAAGAUGAUUUCAUAAGUGUGGUCAGCGAGCAGUGCAAUAAUUUGCAAGCCAUCUUUGCUUCUCGUUACAAGAAGUUUGAUGAAUUCUUCAAAGAACUACUUGAAAAUGCAGAGAAAUCCCUGAAUGACAUGUUUGUGAAGACAUAUGGCCGCUUAUACAUGCAAAAUUCUGAGCUAUUUAAAGAUCUCUUCGAAGAGCUGAAGCGCUACUAUGUGGUGGGAAACGUGAACUUGGAAGAAAUGCUAAAUGACUUCUGGGCUCGCCUUCUGGAGCGGAUGUUCCGCCUGGUGAACUCCCAGUACCACUUUACGGAUGAGUAUCUGGAAUGCGUGAGCAAGUACACUGAGCAGCUAAAGCCCUUUGGAGACGUCCCUCGAAAACUGAAGCUACAGGUCACGCGUGCAUUUGUAGCAGCCCGUACUUUUGCUCAAGGCUUAGCAGUUGCAAGAGAUGUAGUGAGCAAAGUCUCCGUGGUAAAUCCCACAGCCCAGUGUACCCACGCUCUGUUGAAGAUGAUCUACUGCUCCCACUGCCAGGGGCUCGUGACUGUGAAGCCGUGUUACAACUACUGCUCCAACAUCAUGAGAGGCUGUUUGGCCAACCAAGGGGAUCUUGAUUUUGAGUGGAACAAUUUCAUAGAUGCUAUGCUGAUGGUCGCGGAGAGGCUAGAGGGUCCUUUCAACAUUGAAUCAGUCAUGGAUCCCAUUGAUGUGAAGAUUUCUGACGCUAUUAUGAACAUGCAGGAGAAUAGUGUGCAAGUGUCUCAGAAGGUUUUCCAGGGAUGUGGACCCCCCAAGCCUCUCCCAGCUGGACGAAUUACCCGUUCCCUCUCUGAAAGUGCCUUCAGUGCUCGCUUCAGACCGUAUCACCCCGAGGAACGCCCAACCACAGCAGCUGGCACUAGUUUGGACCGACUGGUUACUGAUGUCAAGGAGAAACUGAAGCAGGCCAAGAAGUUCUGGUCCUCUCUUCCUAGCAACGUUUGCAAUGAUGAGAGGAUGGCUGCAGGAAAUGGCAAUGAGGAUGACUGCUGGAAUGGAAAAGGCAAAAGCAGAUACCUGUUUGCAGUGACAGGAAAUGGAUUAGCCAACCAGGGCAAUAAUCCAGAGGUCCAGGUUGACACCAGCAAACCAGACAUAGUGAUCCUUCGUCAAAUCAUGGCUCUAAGAGUUAUGACCAGUAAAAUGAAGAAUGCUUACAAUGGAAAUGAUGUGGACUUCUUUGAUAUCAGUGAUGAAAACAGUGGAGAAGGAAGUGGAAGCGGAUGUGAGUAUCAGCAGUGUCCUUCGGAGUUUGAGUAUAAUGCAACUGACCACUCUGGGAAGAAUGCCAAUGAUAAAGCCAACAGCGCUAGUGCCCAUCCUGGGGCACAGCCCUACCUCCUCACUAUCUUCUGCAUCUUGUUCCUGGUUAUGCAGAGAGAGUGGAGAUAAUUCUCAAUCUUAGAGAAAACGUGUUCAUCAUUGACCUGUUAAAAAGGCACCGGUUAUCACUUUUAUACCAUCCUAGUGACUUUGCUUUUUAAAUGAAUGGACAACGAUGUACAGUUUUUACUAUAUGGCCACUGGUUUAAAAAAUGCUGACUUUGUUUUCUCAUUCAGUUUUGCAGGAAAAGGGGACUUGUACGUAAAGUCAGUUCCUGCUCCCCCAGAAUCAUGUUAAAUGUGGCUAACAGUGUAGGUACAGAACUGUAGGUAGUUGUCCAUUUGUGAUUUAUCACUCUUGUUUGUUUGUUGUUUUUCUUUUUGUUUGUGGGGUUUUUUUCCUUCAGUUAUGAGCUCACCUUGUUUCUUACAAGAAAACCAGGGUCCUUUCUUGGCAUGUAACAUGUACGUAUUUCUGAAAUAUUAAAUAGCUGUACAGAAGCAGGUUUUAUUUAUCAUGUUAUCUUAUUAAAAGAAAAAGCCCAACAAGCAGUAAAAUUUCCAUUUAUACCUGUUGUUUUAGUUGCCUCAUCUGGAGAGAAGUGGAGGUGAUUUUGUUUUUAUUAUUAUUAUUAAGUUAGGACAGAAUGUGAAGGCACAGGCGGGCUUCUGAGCCACUUGUCAGGUUGUCUGGAAGCAUCAGUACAAGAAGAAGGUUAUACUUCAUUUAUAGCUGGCGACUGGAAGAGACUGCAGACUACCCAUUUUGGUCGAGUUGAAUUGCAUAAACUAAGAUCAGUCCAUUUCUUGAGCCCGCUUAUACUUAAAGUGUAACCCAUUUAGAAGAAGAUUCUUAAUACAUUCUCACUAGAAAGAUAGAAGGCAUUCAGAAAGUCCCAUUUAUCACAUGUUCAUACUUAGUUUGGGGGUGGGGUUUUUUGUUUUUUGUUUUUUGUUUUUUAUCCAGGCAAAUUAGCAAGCCACUGUGUGCUGGUCUUUGUGUCCGCACUGACCCUCUUUCACUUGGUAUCCCAACGACAGAAAUAAGUGACCAACAAUCUCAUUUGGUCUCCCUUGUUACAGUGUUCCAGAUUUCAAACCCAGCCGUAGAGAGGGAGCUGUCGGGCGACUAGCCAGAAUUGGGGUACAGCCUGGGCUCAGGGAAUAGCUGUCAACACUCGAGCAAAGUUUUUGUCUGUGCAAGUGUAUUUGCAUUUGUUUGGGGAUCCCAGUUGUUUUAAAGCGAUUCUGAGGUGUCUUAUUUGAGUGUUUUUCUUGCCCAGCCCCCUCUGAUCAGAAAGGCAAAGGAAUUGCAGUGGUUCAUUCACAGCUCUGUGCUACCCCAUCAGCCAAGAAGCUCACUUGGGAACAUCUGGGUGUCCAGAGUUUUUCAUGUGGUGUUGUUUUUCGAGGGGAGGGCAGGUGGAGCUGAGAAAACUACAUCUUAGCAGUGACCCUUAGCCACGUGGGUGAACUGGCAAAAGCCAUAUCUAUUGUCCCAGGCCAAAGACUAACAACUGCCUUGGCCCCUUAGGAACCCUUUCCUUGUGUCUUUACCAAAUGACAGCUCAUAAAACUAUGAGAAUGUGACAAAUCACUUUAAAAGGAGUUCUCAGAAGUCUUCAGAAAGAGUAAGAUUCUGCAAGUCUCUUCCUGCUUUCGACAGCCAUUAAGAUCCCAAUUCUACAGGAGCUGAAAUGCGCAAAGAGGUUGUUUGUGUUAUUGUUCAACCUUCAGUUGUAAGAGUAAUGCUCUAUUUUUAUAUUGAAACAUAAGUACUUGAUAGCUCAGGGUCUACAUUUCAUUCAAGUUUUUACACCAAAUUCUGCAGAAUGGUCAAAAUGAAAUAUCGGGGGCUGUUGUAAACAGAGGCUUAAUUUUAUUAGAAGUAGCCAGUUAUUUAUUAAAGCAUGAUGUUAAUAAAAUAGGCAUAUUCUGGCUGGUGUGUAUAAGUGGUGUUUUUUUUUUUUUUUAAAUCCGAGGACAUAAAAUUGAAAAGGCACUCCAUUUAUGUAUGAGGAGAAAUGGAUUGUAAAUAGCUAAGCUGCCUUGUGAGAACUUGGAAAAUGUGCUGAUACUUAGUAACUACCUCAGUUGUGAGGAAUUUCCUUUUCAGCUUAGACUGCUAUUACUUUUACUUGGGAGAAAUGAAUCUGGUCUCCAAAAUGUGGCUCAAAGAGUUAUCCCCAUAGACCUUGUUAGAUUGUUUUUAAUUUAGAACCUUGAACUCUGCCCAGCUGUUUUCUUUCAGUCAAGUUCUCUAAACCAAUAACAUUUUCCGAAUUAAAUAUUCUUGAAGGUUCUUCUGGACUCUUACUGAUUUGUUUUCUUUCUUUGCAUUUUUUCCUGUUACCCUUUUAUUAUUUAAAUUGUCUCUUGCUUUUGAACUUGAACUAUGAAAUAAACAAAUCGUAGAUUUUUCCAUUCAGGUCUGACUGGAUAACUCUUGGCUUCUAACCAGCUGGCAGGCUCACCCCCUCUACCCCCCAAAAAGAGUAAAGGCAAGUUGAAUAUUUUAAAACCAUAAGAGUUCAGCAUAUGAGGUAGAAUAAAAGCUUUGUUGGGAGACCUGACUUUUCCAAAGAUUCAGUUAAUAGCCUGUGAAGUGUUCGUGUUUUACAAAGUCAUUUAUAAGUUAUUUUUCUUUCAAACACUUGGCCCACUCUCUACCUUAAGAAAAAACAUUUUACGACUCUUAGAUUUAUAUUUUAUUUCAAAAAUAGUAAUUAGCACCUGUUAUUCUGAUAGAAGAAAAAGUACAAAGAAUUAACUUGCA